CUGGCUGAGAGCCCCCCCCCCCCCCCCCACCGCAACACACACACACACACACACACACACACACACACACACACGGCACCAGUAAGCACAUUGCUGACUCAUUUUCUCCAGAAGACCCUGUGCCAGGGUAGAUGCCAGCGGUUGGUAGAAAAGUAGUGCCAGGUGGGCACCCCAUAGUGGGGCCCAAGCCUUGGACAAGUAGGUGGGCAUCAUGCUGCUUGGUGGCUCAGCCUCUCCCUUCUCCUGUCUAACUGCCUCCCUCACCACAGUGGGGCUCCAGGUCCUGUGCCCUCUGACCCCUGCAUGCUUUCCAGCUCUGCUCCUCCACACCUCUCCCCAGACCACUAAAGUGCCCUAUCGGUUAGUUAGUGGUGGGAGACUCACACCAGUGGGAGCCAGGCUGCAGGGCAGAGAGAGCCUUGUCAUCAGAAAAUGUGAAUCCCGAUUCUGCCCUGUGAGCCUGGGCAAAGCUCUCGCCUCUCUGCUUCUCAUUUCUAUCAUCCACAAUAUGAGCAUCUUGAUUCCCAGGUAGCAGGGUUUUGUGAGGAUUAAUGAGACCGUGCUUGCAAAGAGUUUAGAACAGUGCCUGGCUUGUAGUAAGUGUUCAAGAAACGGCAGCUGUUAUUUAUAUUAUUAUUCAAUUCAUCUUGAAUGGAUGUGUGAGUCAACUGGAAAUUUCAGGGCUGCAUCCUGUCCAGACAGAUGACCUGUCUGUGUUCCGAUGGAAGAGGUGUAAGGUGUGAAGAAAGGAGCUUGGGUGUGACCGUCUGGCCACAUGGGGCCUGGCCAGUCCAUGGAGGCAGGUGGGACAGGUCCAUUCCCCAUUGCUGUUCUGCGUCCUCUGGGCAACGUCCUUCCCAUCUUACCCCAUGGGAGCACGGCCAAACCUGGAAUCCUCAGGGCCGCUUUCCUGGUGUGUUUCAGCACCCCGGCCCUCAGUUCUGAGCUCUUAGUGGAUGUUCAAGUCGGUAUGGGGUUCCGAGAUCCUCGUGUGUUCCUAGGUAACAAGGAUGGAAGGAAAACCAUGCAAGCCAGCUACAGGUUCUGGCAGCCUCAUGGUCCAAGAGUGGCCACAUUUGGUGUACUGGCAGAGGGCCUUCCUCAGGGGAAAGGAACAUUUGGGUUCUCUUCCUGGAGGGCUGUGUGGCCAGGCUGUAUCUCCAAGGUCAGGCUCCUAGCGCGUGGCUCCAGUUUCGGCUGCCUCCUGCCCUCUCUGGCCCUUGUGCUCUGGUCUUCCCGACGUUCUGGAGCCCUGGGUUCGCUGAGCCAAAGCCCACAAGUCAGUGGUGAAAACAGAAGUCUGGAAGAACAAAGCCCUGAGCCAGCGCAGGCACUGAACGUUAUUAGCAGUAGCCUAAACAGGAUUGGAACGGGAGCAAAAGGAUCGUCAGGGCCUCCCUCUGGGAGCCAACUUUCCAGGCCUGGAGCUCACUGAGAUGGCUUGUUGGCUCCCCAGGCUGCAUCUCCGUUCCUGUUGGUGAAGCCUGGGACUAUGGUCUCUGGCAAGUAGGAAGUCCCUGUAAGUCUCCGAUUUCUUCUGCAUGGGAGGCAAGUCAAGUGUCAAGGACUGUCUCUGUCUGUUAAGUAGUAGUGUCAGAUGAUGUGAGUCACUGAUGUGAUGUGUAGCUUUGGGCAAGUCACUUCCCUUCUCUGGGCCUCAGGUGCCCAUCUCUACAACGAGGGGACAUCUGGCCUCUAGAUGACCUCAGAGAGCCUUCUCCCACUCUACCCCUGCACUAUUAUACUUUGGAAGUUUAUUGGUCAAGUACACACAGAAUCCAGGUCUUAAGUGGUCAGUGGCAUUUUUUGAAGUGAAUGAAUGGGUGGACAAAUGCUUUUGAAAGAGGCCUUCGGGGCUGAAAAUCUCGUUAAAAAUCAUGGUGUUAGAAAGCUUCAUUGAAGAGAAGAUUCUGGUACCAUUCCCCCUGUGAGUCUUCUUUCUCCUGAACUUUGGGAAUUAAAAAUAUUUCCCCCUAAUAUACCCUCUUAUUUUCUGCAUAGUAGUCACCUUGACAUAACCACAGCAGGUAAAAUUGACUGAGAACGACAUUUGCGGUUCUUACACCUACUCCUCUCUACCUGGCCUCUCUUUAGCAGCUUGGGAAACAUUCUAAGAAGAGUGGGUGCGACAUAACACAGUGAGACUCAAGGAGUGAGGGCUUGUGCAUGGCAAGGGCUGGGAAGAGAGGGGGCUGGAAGGAAAUGGAACAUAAACUAGCGAGGUUGCAGGGACACUGGAAAGUGAGGAGCAGUGUCUUCUGAGGGGGCAUUCUCAGGAGAAAUGAGUUCCUUUGUCCUCUAAGUUUGAGUACUGCUGAAUGAGAGAAAGUUUAGUCAAUUUCUUGAUUGCAGGACUUUUCAGAGCCUUUGGUGUGCAGUCGUGCUUUGGGAACUGCCAGGACUGGGACACAAGCGAUAGCUCUUCUCCAAUAUAUCUGGCUAUAGUUUCCUGUGGUGUCCACCUGGUGUCCACCCGGGAAAUGUACUGAAGAGUUGUGACCCUAGAGCCUGCCCAGGGUGACCUGGAGGAAGUCCACGUCCUCCCUAAGCCUCAGUUUUGGUCAGAUCAAGCAAAACUGCCUGUUUCUUUUCAGGGCUGACGAGGCUGCCAUUUGCUUCAGGUGGGCAGGUCAUGCUGGAAGGUCAGCCUGUGCUCUUCUCUCCAGGCAACCCCAGGGCAGCUAGGCACUCUGACCUUUAGUCUUUGCUGGUGCUGAGCUGGAGGUGAGGCCUGUGGAGGCAGGGAGGAGUGGCCCCGUGCAAAAGGCAUUCUCACAGCAGCGGCAGCAGGUUUGGAGAGGAUGACAUGGGACCAAGGCUUAUCCAAGAGCAACCCUGGGAAAAAAGGUGGGGAGAUCUGCUAGAGUUAAGGCUUUGAGAAGACCCUUUAAAAAGUCUUAUACCAGGAAAUAUUCAUUCCUCCUGCAAAACGUGCUGAAUACUUACUACAUGCCUGCUAGGUGCUGGGAACACAAGAGUGAACAAGACAGAAGUGGUCCCUGCCCUUCAGGGACCUGGACUACAAAAGAGAAACAGGAAAAUAGACAAUGGCCACACAUAAGAUCCCUGCUGUGGUGAGGGGGUUUCUCUUCACCUGGAUCUUAGUUUCAUUUGCCUGUCACCUGGCCUCCACCCAAGGAGCUCCUGAAGAUGUGGAUGUCCUCCAGCGGCUGGGCCUCAGCUGGGCCAAGGCAGUGGGUGGCCGGAGUCCCCCACCCCCAGGAGUCAUUCCGUUCCAGUCAGGCUUCAUCGUUACGCAGCGGGCCCGGCUCCAGGCCCCCACGACUGCUGUCAUCCCUGCCGCUCUGGGCACAGAGCUAGCGCUGGUGCUGAGCCUCUGCUCCCACCGGGUGAAUCAUGCCUUCCUCUUCGCUGUCCGCAGCCGGAAGCACAAGCUGCAGCUGGGCCUGCAGUUCCUCCCCGGCAAGACAGUCGUCCACCUGGGGCCCCGGCGCUCCGUGGCCUUCGACCUCGACGUGCACGAUGGGCGCUGGCACCACCUGGCUCUGGAGCUUCGUGGCCGCACAGUCACCCUGGUGACGGCCUGUGGGCAGCGCCGGGUGCUUGUCCCACUGGCUUUCCACAGGGACCCAGUGCUUGACCCUGAAGGCUCCUUCCUUUUCGGAAAGAUGAGCCCACAUGCGGUCCAGUUUGAAGGUGCUGUGUGCCAGUUCAGUAUCUACCCUGUGACGCAGGUCGCUCACAAUUACUGUACCCACCUGAGAAAGGAGUGUGGACAGGCCGACACGUACCGGCCCCAGCUGGGACCCCUCCUCCCCCGAGACUCUGGCGCAUCCUUCGCCUUCCAGACCAGCCUUGCCCUGCUAGGCCUGGAGAACCUGACCACUGCCAUGCCAGCCCUGGGGUCACGGCCAGCAGGCAGGGGCCCCAGGGUGACUGUAGUGCCCACCACACCCACCAAGCCUCAAAGGACUAGCACCACAGACUCUCACAAGCGUGUCCCAGUGGGAGACCCAGCCCAUACCCCACUGCUACCUGCCAAGCUGUCAGCCAAUGAAGUGCUUUCUCCCAGGGACCCAGCCUCUCCUGCCAGCUCCACCGCACCUGUCCAGCCAUCACAAAAGAGCACAGUUGCCAAAAUCCCCAAAAGUCACCCAACUAAGCCUUCAGCCCCUUCUUCAAUCGUCCCUGUCAAAAGCCCCCGCCCCACCCAGAAGGCAGCUCCACCUUCCUUCACAAAGUCAGCCCCACCUACCAAGAAGUCAGUGCCACGCACUUCCCACCCAGUUCCUGCCAGAGUCUCCCAUCCUACAGUGAAGCCGAUCCAGAGGAAUCCUGUUACGCCCAGACCCCCACCACCCAGCGCCCGGCAUCUACCUGCCGCCACUGGUGCCUCUAAAAAGCCCUUUACCCCAGUUGUCCAGACUGAGGCCAAGAUGAGCAGCCAUGCCAGUGAGCCGGCCCCUGCCCGCACCAGCACGCAUAGACCUCCCCAACCCACUGUUUUGUCCCCAUUACCUGCCCCCAGUCCCGGUUCUACCAGGACUGCUCGGCUUCCAGCCACAGCGAUGCCUCCCACCCUCACGCCCGGUUCACUCCCCACUGGAAGCAAGAAACCCACUGGAUCAGAAGCCACAAAGAAAGAUAGACCCAAGAGCAGCCCCCGGAAGCCCAUCCCCCUCAGACCCGGGAAGGCAGCCAGGGAUGUCCCGCUCAGUGAACUGACAGCAGGGCCCAGCCCCAGACAACCCUGGCCUGGCCAGCAGACCACCCCGGCCCCGGCAUUGGCCCCAGCGCGAUUCUUGUCCUCCAGCCCCCAGCCCACGGGCAGUGGCUAUUCAUUCUUCCACCUGGUGGAAUCUACGCCUUUCCCGCUGCUGAUGGGACCUCCAGGGCCCAAGGGAGACUGUGGUUUGCCGGGUCCCCCUGGGCUGCCUGGGCUCCCUGGAGCCCCCGGUGCACGGGGGCCUCGGGGUCCUCCUGGGCCUUAUGGAAAUCCAGGCCUCCCCGGCGCUCCCGGAGCCAAAGGACAGAAAGGGGACCCAGGGCUCUCACCAGGAAAGGCUCACGAUGGGACAAAGGGCGACACGGGCUUGCCUGGGCUCCCUGGGAAUCCAGGACCUCUUGGACGAAAGGGACACAAAGGCUAUCCUGGACCGGCGGGGCACCCCGGAGAACAGGGGCAGCUGGGACCAGAGGGCAGCCCAGGGGCCAAAGGUUACCCUGGCAGGCAGGGGUUACCCGGACCUGUAGGAGACCCUGGCCCCAAAGGCAGUCGGGGCUACAUUGGACUCCCAGGGCUCUUCGGUCUGCCAGGGUCCGAUGGAGAGCGAGGCCUGCCUGGCGUUCCUGGCAAGAGGGGCAAGAUGGGUAGGCCGGGGUUUCCUGGAGACUUUGGGGAAAGAGGCCCACCAGGGCUGGAUGGAAACCCUGGAGAACUGGGCCUGCCAGGGCCCCCAGGAGUUCCUGGCCUCAUUGGCGACAUGGGAGCGUUGGGUCCGAUUGGCUACCCAGGACCCAAGGGCAUGAAGGGACUGAUGGGAAACAUGGGGGAGCCCGGACUGAAAGGUGAUAAGGGUGAACAAGGGGUUCCAGGUGUGUCGGGAGAUUCCGGAUUCCAAGGAGACAAGGGGAGCCAGGGAUUGCCAGGGUUCCCAGGUGCACGGGGGAAGCCAGGGCCCCUGGGCAAAGUUGGAGACAAAGGAUCCCUUGGAUUUCCUGGGCCUCCUGGACCUGAGGGAUUCCCUGGAGACAUUGGCCCCCCUGGGGACAACGGCCCAGAAGGUGCGAAGGGUAAGCCUGGAGCUCGAGGCCUGCCGGGACCCCGUGGGCAGCUGGGGCCCGAGGGCGAUGAAGGACCCAUGGGGCCACCUGGGACCCCUGGUUUGGAGGGUCAACCCGGCAGGAAGGGGUUUCCUGGGAGGCCUGGCCCAGAUGGCUUGAAGGGGGAGCCAGGCAAUCCUGGACGGCCGGGGCCCGUGGGUGAGCAGGGACUUCUUGGAUUCAUUGGUCUGGUUGGGGAGCCAGGAAUCGUGGGAGAAAAGGGUGACCGGGGCGUGAUGGGACCCCCAGGUGCACCUGGACCCAAGGGAUCAAUGGGUCAUCCUGGAACUCCAGGUGGCGUUGGGAACCCCGGAGAGCCUGGACCCCCGGGUCCUCCAGGAUCUCGAGGCCCACCAGGCAUGAGGGGAGCAAAGGGACGCCGGGGCCCCCGAGGACCAGAUGGACCAGCUGGGGAGCAGGGGUCCCGGGGCCUGAAGGGCCCUCCAGGACCACAGGGCAGACCCGGCCAGCCUGGGCAGCAGGGUGUGGCUGGCGAGCGAGGGCACUCGGGCACACGAGGCUUUCCCGGCAUCCCGGGUCCUUCCGGCCCGCCAGGCACCAAGGGCCUCCCAGGAGAACCGGGCCCCCAGGGACCCCAGGGACCAAUUGGCCCUCCAGGAGAAAUGGGACCCAACGGGCCGCCGGGUGCAGUGGGAGAACCGGGCCUUCCUGGGGAAGCCGGGAUGAAGGGUGACCUUGGGCCUCUGGGCACCCUUGGGGAGCAGGGCCUCAUUGGGCAGCGGGGAGAGCCAGGCCUUGAGGGUGACAGUGGCCCUGCAGGGCCUGACGGGCUGAAGGGGGACAGGGGUGACCCAGGGCCUGAUGGUGAGCAUGGCGAGAAGGGCCAGGAGGGACUGAUGGGCGAGGACGGGCCCCCUGGCCCCCCCGGCAUCACUGGCGUCCGGGGUCCUGAAGGAAAACCAGGGAAGCAAGGCGAGAAGGGCCGGACCGGGGCCAAGGGUGCCAAGGGCUACCAAGGACAGCUGGGUGAAAUGGGCGCCCCUGGAGACCCCGGACCCCCUGGCACCCCAGGCCCUAAAGGGUCCCGGGGCAGCCUGGGACCAACGGGCUCUCCAGGACGGCUGGGGGCCCAAGGAGAACCGGGACUGGCUGGUUAUGAUGGACACAAAGGCAUCGUGGGACCCCUUGGACCUCCCGGACCAAAGGGCGAAAAGGGGGAGCAGGGUGAGGACGGCACGGCUGAGGGCCCUCCUGGGCCACCUGGAGAUCGGGGCCCUGUGGGUGAUCGAGGAGACCGCGGGGAGCCAGGGGACCCUGGAUACCCUGGACAGGAGGGUGUACACGGCCUCCGUGGAAAUCCGGGCCAGCAGGGCCGACCCGGGCAUCCGGGACCCCGGGGGCGGCCGGGACCCAAAGGAUCGAAAGGGGAAGAGGGACCAAAGGGAAAGCAAGGCAAGGCCGGGGUACCAGGACGGAGGGGGAUCCAGGGCCUGCAGGGGCUGCCGGGGCCCCGGGGCGUGGUGGGGCGACAGGGCCCAGAGGGUGUCGCUGGACCAGAUGGGCUUUCUGGCAGGGACGGUCAAGCAGGACAGCAGGGAGAGCAGGGAGAUGAUGGGGACCCUGGCCCCAUGGGUCCUGCUGGGAAAAGAGGAAAUCCAGGUGUGGCUGGCUUGCCUGGAGCACAGGGGCCCCCAGGAUUCAAGGGUGAAAGUGGGUUACCCGGGCAGCUGGGUCCCCCUGGCAAGCGAGGGACAGAAGGUGGAACAGGGCUUCCUGGGAACCAGGGGGAGCCUGGAUCCAAAGGCCAGCCGGGUGACUCUGGUGAGAUGGGCUUUCCAGGAAUGGCUGGCCUCUUUGGACCUAAGGGCCCCCCUGGAGACAUUGGCUUCAAAGGCAUCCAGGGCCCUCGGGGGCCUCCUGGCUUGAUGGGAAAGGAAGGCAUCAUUGGGCCCCUUGGAAUCCUGGGACCUUCAGGACGCCCGGGUCCGAAGGGCGACAAAGGUAGCCAAGGGAACUUGGGAUUGCAAGGUCCGAGGGGUCCUCCCGGCCCCAGAGGACGACCUGGCCCACCGGGUCCUCCAGGGAGCCCUAUCCACUUCCAACAAGAUGACCUUGGGGCAGCUUUCCAGACAUGGAUGGACACUAAUGGAGCAUUGAGAGCAGAGGUUUACAGCCAUCCAGACCGGCUGGUGCUGGACCAGGGAGGGGAGAUCUUUAAAACCUUACACUACCUCAGCAGCCUCAUCCAGAGCAUUAAGAUGCCCCUGGGCACCAAAGAGAACCCCGCCCGGGUCUGCCGGGACCUCAUGGACUGUGAGCAGAAGAUGGCUGAUGGCACCUACUGGGUGGAUCCAAACCUUGGCUGCUCGUCCGACACCAUCGAAGUCUCCUGCAACUUCACGCAUGGUGGACAGACGUGUCUCAAGCCCAUCACGGCCUCCAAGGUCGAGUUUGCUGUCAGCCGGGUCCAGAUGAAUUUUCUGCACCUGCUAAGCUCUGAGGUUACACAGCAUAUCACCAUCCACUGCCUUAACAUGACCGUGUGGCAGGAGGGCACCGGGCGGACCCCAGCCAAGCAGGCUGUACGCUUCCGGGCUUGGAAUGGGCAGAUCUUUGAAGCUGGGGGUCAGUUCAGGCCAGAAGUGUCCAUGGAUGGCUGCAAGGUCCAGGAUGGCCGCUGGCAUCAGACACUCUUCACCUUCCGGACCCAAGACCCCCAGCAGCUGCCCAUCAUCAGCGUGGACAACCUCCCUCCUGCCUCAUCAGGGAAGCAGUACCGCCUGGAAGUUGGACCUGCAUGCUUCCUCUGACCUCUGACCUCCUGGCUCCUCUAGGCCUCGAGGGGGAGGGAAGAGGAGGAGGUUGAGGGCAAGGGAGGGUACUUAGGAGCAGGUGGGCCCAGAAGAGGCAGCUCACCUGCCCAAGGAUCCUAGGGCAGGCCCUAUUGUCUGCCCAGUAGAAGUGGCUAGAGAAGAGCAGGGAAUGGGGUGUUCUUGGGGACAAUUGAUCCCAGCACAGCUCCAAAGACCUAUCAAAGAGCCAGCUAGAGCAAGCUGGGCCUGCAACCCACCUGAGCCCCGUGGCCUGUCUCCCAGCGCUGCGGCCACCCCCCGCCCUCCCCAGCUUCCUGCCCAAAGAGCCCCACAUUCCAGCCAGCUUGAGGGAAGGGGGCAUCUCGUCAGCUGGUCCCUGCUAGGGAGCUUUGAUGUGCAAUAUUAGAGAGGAGACAUGAAAAAAGGCGAAAAGGAAGAAAGAAGUAUAUAUAUUUUAUUUAAACAAACACAGAGAAGGUGCGUUACUAUUUUUUUCACCUGGAAAAGAGGUGAGAGGGUGAGAAAGAGCAGCCGGGGGUGGGAAGCAAUGGAGAUUCUUGGGGCGGGGGGCGCCCACGUUUGCUACCUCCCACUGUGAAAUCGCUGGUGCUCACAAUUGUCUCAUAGUGUAUGUGAUUUUUUUUUUAAAGAAAAAAAAAAAACAAACCCUAUUUAAGAUUCUGAAGGUGCUACCAUUUUUGCCAUAGAUUUUGAAGAAGCGUUUUGAUGUGGGCUAUCCUCCACAUUUUUCUCUCUCCUCCAAAUGACAAAGUUUGGGAAAUUUAAAAAAUUUUCUUAGCAUCACCCUUGGGCUCUAUCAGGUAAUCUACUAAGGAGGUUGGGGGGAGAAAAAAGAGGGGCAGGAAGUAAAGCAAAAAAGAAAAACAAAAACAAAAAACCUACCGGAAACAGAAGUAGACAAUUUUACCUUUUCACUUAAGGACUUUUAAAUGUUUGUCCUCUUAAGAGCAGGGGAAGGCCUGAGCUUGAAGGAUUUUGACUUGGCCUUUCAUGGUCUUGGAGGGGAGUUACGCUUAUCUUGGAGGGUGUGAUCUAGACUGGAGAGUCCUGAGAGAAGCCUUGACCUUGAAGAAACCAGUUAUAAGAGUGGCAAUGGGUCAGGGCUGGUCUUGAAGGUAAAUAUAGAACCAUCUCAUGAAGCCUCAUGCCAUCCACUCAGGUCCUCCCUUCUUGGAGCUUGCCCUUUCAAGAUGCAGUCAUCACUUUUGCUUUUUUAAUUGUCAUUAAGUUCUGUAGAAACACAGUGUCAUUACCUCCCAGUGUAAAUGUGGGCUGAGGAGAAAGAUUAUUACAGGAAUCUCGCAGUUCGGCAUGAUAGGGAAUAUUCAGUGUCACUUGAAUUGUCCUAUAUCAGCGAACUAGUCAGCAUCCAGGUUGGAUUUUGAGGUUAUGUUAACUAUGGAGUUAUUUUUAUAGAAGGGGAGAUUUUAUGUGAAAGUCUAUUUGUCUUCCCCCCACCCCCACCCCUAAAGUUGUGUUUCUUUGGGAAUUGGAUUUGAUUUUCAUUAUUUAAUACCUCACUCUGGCCUACCCUCCCCACCGGACACUUCCUGCACCCCUCGCCCUCCGGCCCCAGCCCACGGAAGGGCGUUUUUUUGUAGCAGCUCGGGCCUCAUCUCAGCGCUCGGUUUCCCCAUGCUGCCGGUCUCAACCUGGUUUCUGUCUUGUUCUUGGAUUUUUCUGCUGUCCUCAUUUAUGUCUCUGUCCAUAUGUCAGUGUGUUAAAACCCCAGUGGGUUCUAUCUCCUUUUCCCUUCUGGGUUUUAAAUAAAUAUUUAAAACUGAGGCAAUGGAAUGACA